AGAACUAUAGAGGAAGCGACCACCUUUUCGCACAUGCGUAGAAAAACAUCCUAGUUUCCGGAACCGAUCAGGCAGCCAAAGGCAACAACAUGGCUGCUGAUAGCGAUCCCGAGUCGGAGGUUUUCGAGAUCACCGACUUCACCACUGCGUCCGAGUGGGAGCGUUUUGUGUCCAGAGUGGAGGAAGUGCUUAAUGAUUGGAAGCUGACAGGGAACACUGCACGGAAGGUUUCUCCAGAGAAGGGGGAAUACACCAGUGGAACCUGGGCAGAGAAGUCGCAGGAAAUUAAUUUUGCUGACUUCAAGUUCUACAUAAGCCACUACUUUCUGAAACAAGAGUGUGAAGAGGAUGAUGGGAAGGACAACCUCGAGGAAGGUAGAGUCACUUUGUCUGCACUAUUAUCAACAUCAGCUUUUCAUUGACUGUUUGUUGUGAAUGAUGUCAACAGUGUUGGACAGUCCUGCUCAGUGCACAUGCAGGCUGUGGUAGAAGAACCGUCACGUUUUCAGAAUUUUGUUAUCAGAACGAUGACAAGCUGACAUCCAGACUCCACACCCUUUAUUAUGUAACUUUAGUUUUUAUUAUCCUGCAGGUUUGCAGAAAUAUUUAUUAUUAUUAACAUCAUCCCAGGGCACAGCUGUGGGCCUCCAUCCUCUGGUUUUCAUGCUUUGACUCUGGCUUGUACCACAGCCUGCUCCCACACCACUGUUGAAACACUGAUGAAGUAAACCUUCUUCUCGGAAAAAGCAGGAGGUUUGGAUGUAUCCGCUUAAAAAAGGGAAUAAACACCUUUUUUCUUUGUACAAAUAAAAGCAGGCAAAGCAGAAAUGUUACCUGGAUACUUGCUUAUUUGGUUGUGAAUGGCAGUGGGCGUCCACUGAGGAGGGUA